AUGGCCCAUAUUCAUUGCCUUCCUUUAGAAGUUGUUUAUUUUAUUUUAUUUUACUUCGUUAAAGACUUUGAAGAGACCUGGAAGAAUUCUAGGAAUAGUGCCGAACAGGCUCCUGUGCCAGACCAUCUAUUAUUGGAACUGUUAAACUUACGAUUGCUUGGAAAGUCUUGGGCGUUACGGGUCUUGCCAUACGCUUAUCAAAACUUACACUUUAGCUCGGCAUUGAAAAUGAACUCUUUCGUUGAGACUUGGAAUAACUCGGCGACAAUCUCGACCAUGGCUCGAUUGAGCCGCCUUAGCUUCGAUCAGAUUACUUGCCCAGAUUUGGAUUGUGAAUUCGGGUCGGAUCGAGUCAACAUAGGUUUGCUUGCAUCUUACCGGAUUGAUUUCGAAAAGGAUAACUUCAAUUAUAAAUCGAUUACACUAGAGGACAUUGAAGAAAUUAUCAAAUUUUGUGGUCAAACCUUAGCAGGCUUAAAGUUUUCGUUCAAAGCGGGUGCGGGAUUUACGCCCAAUAUCAUUGAGUUGAUAAAAGAGGUUAAAGGUCUAAGAGUGUUGAUCAUCGAGGCAAAUCCCUACGGGGUAAGGCAGAAUCACUUGAAAUCGAUCCGGGCUUUACUCAAUGUUACGGCUGGGCUUGAAUUGUUAUUGCUUGACAUUGGAUCUAUCGGAACUCUGGACUUAAGUGAAGAAGCGUUACCUCGCUUGAAGCACUUGUCAGCCGCAUGCGAUACAAACGACCUGGGAGCGAUUACGGAGCUUUGCGAAACUCGUGGUCGGAACAUCAGUUGCUUAGAGUACCUUACCCAUCCCGACUGCGACCGAGCUGCAAAAGUUAUUUUGGCUCUGCAAAAUUCACUUGAGGUCUUAUUCAUAGAGUCAAUUCCGAAUCUUGUUCCGGCGGAGAUAAGCGAUUGGCAUUUCCCAAAAUUAAAAAUUAUACGGAGUAUCAACUCGACAAUAGAAAGUCCCAGUUUAGCUUGGCUACAAUUAGGAUUUGCCUUAACAAACGACAAUAGCGUGGAAGCCAACCAAGCUUUGAUUGACAGAAAACGUUUAAGUCGAACAAUUGCGAAGGCCGAUUGGGAUCACGGUAUCUGGGAUUUGACUGGUGUGCGUGGUAUACGAGAAACCGAUCAUGCUUUAUGUGCGCGUUGGUACCGUGACCUUAACCAAGAAUGA